AAAAAAAAUAAAAAUUAAUUUCAGACAACGAGAGCGCAAAAUUCGCUGGUGAUUACCCAAACGCGUUUUUGAAACUCGUUCAAUCAUCUCCUUCCUCUUCAUCAUCUUCUCCACAAUUGACUUAAUAAACAAACUAUACAAAGAUUACAAGCCCCUGAGGUUUUAUGUAAAUGUAGUGCCCAUUAAGCCAUCCCUCUUAUUUCCCUCGCUUAUUUCCCGACCCAAUCAAAUACUUCUUCUUUUCUUUUACAUCCCAGAUCUCUUUCUUCCCAGAUCAUUUCCGUUUUCUGGAUUCGGUUCAUCGCAUCGUUCUCUGUUCUGGGCUCGUUCGAAAUUUUCGAUUUUCCCAUCACCCUUCUAAAAAUUCGAAAUUUUUGUUUGUGACUGUCUAUUGAUUGUUAUCGUCAAAGACUCGUUCUUUGCAUUUAGUGCAUCGACGCGAGUAGGGUUUUUGCUUCUUCAUCUGUAUUCAGUGUUCCAAAUCAUUCCCUGAUCUGGAGUGAUCAAACAUUUUUAUGAUAUCCGAUUGUCGUUGGAGAAGAGAAGAAGAACUACGUCCUAGAUUAUGAAGGAUUUGACUUUCACUUAUAGUGUCUCUGAUCAUUAGGAAUGGGAUCAGAUCAGAUUAAGACCAAUUUGUGUUCUUUCGAUCAGAUCUUGAUGUGGAGAGCUUGAAUGCGAUUCUAGAGAAGUUGAUUUAGGAUUAUAAGUAGAGAGAGAGAGAGAUAUUUUUGAUGGGUAAUGCUUGCGUAGGACCAAACAUUUCUGGAAAUGGUUUCUUGCAAACUGUUUCGGCUGCAAUGUGGCGGCCACGGAUCGGAGUUGAGCAAGCUUCUUCCCAUAGUAAUGGAGAUGCUGCCAGUGAAGCAGCUUCAGGGCCAUCACCUGAUCAAGUCCAGAACAAACCCCCAGAGCAAGUCACAAUGUCAAAUCCAAGGACCAUUCCUGAAACCGAAACCAAAUCGAAACCCGAUGCAGUGAUCCAACCUGAAGAAACCAAGCAGGACGCUGUUACGCAGCCGGAGACAACAAAACAAGAAUCCAAACCGGAGGAAACAAAACAAGAAUCCAAGCCGGAGGAAACAAAACCAGAAACAAAGCCGGAAGCAACAAGACCAGAUACAAAUAGCGAAACCAAGACGGAGGCAACAGAGCCAGAAACAAAGAGUGAAUCCAAGCCGGAGACAAAACCUGAACCUAAGAAGCCUAAACAUAUGAGGAGAGUGUCCAGUGCAGGGCUUAGGACUGAGUCAGUGUUGCAGAGGAAAACUGAAAACUUCAAAGAGUUUUAUUCAUUGGGGAGGAAACUCGGACAAGGGCAGUUCGGGACGACGUUUUUAUGCGUUGCGAAAGGUACGGGGAACGAGUACGCGUGCAAGUCGAUUUCCAAGAGGAAGCUUUUGACGGACGAGGACGUCGAAGAUGUGAGGAGAGAGAUUCAGAUAAUGCAUCACUUGGCUGGUCAUCCGAAUGUGAUAUCCAUCAAAGGAGCUUAUGAGGAUGUUGUGGCGGUACACCUUGUGAUGGAGCUGUGUUCUGGUGGAGAGCUUUUCGACAGGAUUAUUCAACGUGGGCAUUACACUGAGAGGAAAGCCGCAGAGUUAGCGAGAACCAUUGUUGGGGUUUUAGAGACUUGUCACUCUCUUGGUGUUAUGCAUCGAGACCUCAAGCCCGAGAAUUUUCUUUUUGUUAGUAAAGAGGAAGACUCCCUCUUGAAAACGAUCGACUUUGGACUCUCGAUGUUCUUUAAGCCAGAUGAGGUUUUCACAGAUGUUGUUGGUAGUCCAUAUUAUGUAGCUCCAGAAGUUCUUAGAAAGCGUUAUGGUCCUGAGUCAGAUGUAUGGAGUGCUGGUGUCAUUGUUUACAUUUUGUUAAGCGGAGUUCCUCCUUUCUGGGCCGAAACCGAACAAGGUAUCUUCGAGCAGGUCCUUCAUGGAGAUCUUGACUUUUCGUCUGAUCCGUGGCCGAGCAUCUCUGAAAGCGCAAAAGACUUGGUGAAGAAAAUGCUUGUGCGCGACCCCAAGCGAAGACUAACCGCACAUCAAGUAUUAUGUCAUCCAUGGGUUCAAAUUGAUGGUGUGGCUCCAGAUAAACCUCUGGACUCUGCUGUUUUGAGCCGUAUGAAGCAGUUUUCUGCCAUGAACAAGUUCAAGAAAAUGGCUCUUAGAGUCAUAGCCGAGAGCUUAUCCGAAGAAGAAAUAGCAGGUUUGAAAGAAAUGUUCAAGAUGAUUGACGCCGACAACAGUGGUCAGAUCACUUUCGAAGAACUGAAAGCAGGACUAAAACGAGUUGGUGCCAAUCUCAAAGAGUCAGAGAUUCUUGACCUGAUGCAAGCUGCUGAUGUGGACAAUAGCGGAACAAUAGACUACAAAGAGUUCAUAGCCGCGACAUUGCACCUAAACAAAAUAGAGAGAGAGGACCAUUUGUUCGCCGCUUUCUCUUACUUUGACAAGGACGAGAGCGGUUAUAUCACCCCGGACGAGCUUCAACAUGCUUGCGAGGAGUUUGGUGUCGAAGAUGCCCGCAUUGAAGAAAUCAUGCGCGAUGUUGAUCAAGACAAGGACGGGCGAAUAGACUACAACGAGUUUGUGGCGAUGAUGCAGAAAGGGAGCAUCAUGGGAGGACCAAUGAAGAUUGGCUUAGAGAAGAGCAUUAGCAUUUCUCUGAAACACUAGUUUUCAGAUUUCAUAUACAAACCCAAAGAUGAAGAUAUAUUUAUAAAAGAUGAUGAUGAGAUAUUUGUUUUUUCUCAAUAUUUUGAUGAGAUUUUGUUAUUAGACUGGUUUAGGCAAAUCUUUUUUGUACUGUGUACUUCUAUGCAUAUACACAAUAGUUUUUUUGGUCUGCAAACAUGUGGCUACUGUGAGAGGAGAGCAGAACUCUAUUGUAACCAAAAUGCAUCGAAGAUUCAACCACAUUGUCAAGAUCUUGUUCCACUCAAACAAAUUCAUGAUAAAAGAACUCACUUGGUGAUCAGGGUUUUGAUUUAUUUCUCUGCAUUUUUCUAUGUUUCAGGUUUCACAAAAAUGAUGACAAACAACAACAAUUUCAAGUUGUUAAGUAGACAAUUCGUGUCAAUAUAACUCAAACAUCUAAGUCAGUCACUAAGACGAGACUGUGAUCAAACCCAGCAGCUGCUUGAAGAACACAACCUUCAACGUCCUCCAGCAACAUCGGUUCAGGCUCAUCGAUCGAGCUUCCUAAACCGAGCCUACCAUUCUUUCCACAACCCCAAACCCAAGCUUCUCCUUUCUCCGUUACACACAAGGAAUGCACACGCCCUGCUGAUACUGAAGCUGGAGUUUCCCCAUCCAAACCCUCCACUUCCCUUGGCAGCUCUUCUGGUUUCCCCCUACCAAGCUGCUGACUCCGGUUCCAACCCCAUGACGACACAAUCCUCCUAGUGUUUGAAUCUGACUGGAUCUUGCAGAUAGCUAGAGAAUGACCAAGACCAGCUGCUACAGCUAUUGGAGAUCCGGUUAUAUCAACCGGUGACAUCCCUAGCUCUUGCUUAGACCUACGACCCAACUGACCAUACACGUUGCUCCCAGAGCUCAAAAGCGUGCCAUCACCACAAAGCACCAAGGAGUGAUCGGAACCGCAAGCGAUGUCUUCUACCUUCACGUUACGCAAUUCUUCAACCAGACGAGGCUCCCAAGCUAUAGGCAUGUCGUUCUCCUUUUCCAUAGCUUCCGCAACUUUCUUUUCAGCUGCCUCCUCAAGAUUCUGGUGAUCACCAUAACCAUCUGAAAGUGAAUCUAGCAGCGACGGUUCAAGUGGAAGUCCGACAUUGCCUACUCGCCCAUCAGCUACAUAACCCCACCCGAAAACUUUACCAUCCAAAGUAAGCGCAAGUGCGUGCCCCCAACCUAAUGAUACCUUAACGAUGUGUUCUUCAGCUAAAGUUUCAACUCUUGAAGGAACUUUAGCUUCAAUGAUACCUUUUCCAAGACCAAGCUGACCUCUUUUCGAUCUUCCCCAAACCCACAAAGACCCAUCUUCUCCGAUCGCCGUUGAGAUCACUCCGGACGCAAAUGCUGCCCGGACACUCACCUUCUCUAGACCUUCCACUCUCUUGGGCUCACUCCUUGCGUUUCUAGACGCGAUUCGACCGAGCUGGCCCUCCUCGUUGCGACCCCAAGCCCAAAUCUCACCGCCGGAUGUAACGGCAAGGGAAUGGUAGUGUCCGGCGGAUAUGGAGGAGACAUCGGAAGGCAAAUCAGAAAUGAGAGUAGGCUCGUAAGCGUCCAUUCCCAUUUCCAUGCCUGAGAGCCCCAGAGCACCAUGGUUUCCGUCACCGAAGCUCAUCACACUGCUCGUAAACCGUCUUCGUCUCCCAACUCCAACGUCCCAGCAGAAAUUCGAAACUUUCCCGAUUUGCACCUUCGCCAUCGACCAUAAUCGCACCAUUUCAGUCACACACCCAAGAAAUCGACACCAAGGAGAAAAAAAUAGAGUAAUUUUGAUUAUUUUUCAAAUAAUUAUUUUAAGAAAACAAUCUCUAUUUCGUG